CAGAGAGAGCAAGCCAAGAGAGACAUAAGAGAGGAAUAGACUACGAUUGGAUGCCACUGAUUGUGUAAAAAGGCUGAAGCGGCUCGUGAGUAUUCUUACUUGUCAUGGGCCCUUGGGGGUUGCUCAAGAAGAAGAGGUCCGAGGGCACACGAAGAAGCAGCGGCGCGGGAAGAAGUGAACAGAAGUGACAAGAAGGAAAACAAAGCUUUUAGAACUGACAGCGUCAAGAGAGUCACACUCUUCAGUGUCCCAGCGACUCCACCGAAAGAGAGACAGACAGAGAGAGAGAGAGAGACAGCGGUCAACAGCUCAUCCAUCAUCAUCUGUCCGACGAAGAGGUGAAAGGUUAAAGGAAAAACUAAAUAAAAAUGAAGAGACCUCACGACUACAGCUCUCCAGACUCGGACACAGACGAGUUUAUCGACGUGGGGCAAGAGGACAGCUACUGCGACAGUUUUGAAGGGAACUCCGAAUUGUGGAACUCUCUCAGGGCAUGCAAGACGAGAGUUCACAGACGAACGUGAUCCGUUUUGGCCGACUGCACUUGGAGGGCCACGGCUCCCAUGUCUCCUGUUGGAGCUUCCGUUGCAAAACAAAAGCGUCGCCCCAGGGCUACGUAAUUAUCUUCCUAAAAGUGCUUUCUCCAAGAAUAUAUGCAACCAAAAAAGCCAAUCUCAUCUCUGCUGCUUCUCAGUGCCCAAAAACCAGUAUGAUUCAAAGGGGUUGAUGCGCUGUUCUUCUCCCUGUGUCACAUUAAGCAGGCCCCGUCACCGGGUCCAUGUCUCCAGGCAGUGCCUCGCAGAUUCUGGCACGGAAGAAGAGGAGAGGGAUCAUAGAGAAAAGGCGCAGAGACCGGAUCAACCACAGCCUUUCGGAGCUGCGGAGGCUGGUGCCAAGUGCUUUCGAGAAACAGGGUUCUUCUAAGUUGGAAAAAGCAGAAAUUCUGCAGAUGACUGUGGACCAUCUCAAACUGUUGCAUGCAAUGGGAGGAAAAGGGUACUUUGACGCAAGGGCACUGGCAGUAGACUACAGGACCCUUGGCUUCAGGGAGUGCGUUGGAGAGGUCGUACGGUACCUAAGCUCUCUGGAGGGGGAGUCUCCGGACCCAAUAGGAGCUCGCCUCGUUUCCCACCUCUCGCACUGUGCCAGUGAGCUGGACCCUCUCCUCCUACAGUCACCCCCUGCUUCCACCUUACCCUUCCCUCCCUGGCCAUGGACCUCCUUCCCGCCAAUUGCCCCUGCUACGACAGCCCCUUCCUCGCCAUCUUUCCCAAGCAGCCGCAGGGAUCUUGCCCUGCUGGGGAGCUACCCAUCAUCCGUCUCGCUGCGUCUGGCCCCAUUGGCUGGCUGUCAGCAGGGCGCCCCGCCGCUCCUCGGACCGACAGCUCUGGCCUCCAUUCACAGGGUGGCCUCUCUUCCAUCGUCUCCUGCUCUAGGCCACUCCAGACCGAACCAGCCGUCCCCUCACAGCACCAACUGUGCCUCACCUCUACCUCUCCCGACUGCCUCCUCUUCUUCUCCCUGCUCCUCUUCUUCCACUUCAUCAUCUUCUGCCCCUCCACAAGUGUCCUUCCGGCCUUUUGCGCCUCUUGGCUCGCCGAUAGCCCAGCGCAGGAGCUUAAGCGGAGCAUCCAAGGCGCCACAGGGGUGGGGGACUGAGAUCGGAGCGUUUUGAAGAUCAUCUCUAACAAAUGAACUCUGUAAAGUGGACACGGACCUUUCAUUUGCACCAUGUAGCAAAUACGUAUGAGCAUUGUCUCUUUUAAGGGACUCUAAAAGCCAUAUCAGACAAUGAGUGAAGUUUUCGAUUCUUACAAUCAUAAAUGAAGGAAUGUGAAGGAAUUUCUUUGUUGUAUCUAUAAUCUUGUUUGACAAAAACACAUAUAGUGUCCCACAGAGCCAUAUAUGCUGUUUUCCUCAAGAAAACUUGAGGGUGAGUUUUGACUGGACUUUGAGCUGUGAUAUUUUCCUUUAUUUUCUCUGAAGCAUUUAUACAUCUGAUUACAUUAUUUUUUUUGCUUUCCAGAGAAUGUUUGACGAAAACCUCUAUAAAGUUUAAGUGCCUUCACUCUUG